UCUCCAUUAAAAUUUCCCUCCGUGAAACAGUUGGGUCUCAGCCCCGACAGCAGUUCCUUCAAACCUCCAAGCCAACCGAGCGGUCAACCAGCCAUGAGCAAGUCCUACUCCUCCUCGGCCCAGUCGGCCUCCUCAUAUCGCCGCACCUUUGGCACAGGUGUUGCUUCAUCACCGAUGUCAGCCCUGUUCUCCUCCAUGGGAGGAGGCCGUGGCUCCUCUUCCAGCCAGAUGUCUUCUAGAGUCUACGAGGUCAAGAGCACCGGUUUCCCCUCCUAUUCUAGCUCCAGGGUGUCGGCUGGUGCUGCUGGAGCAGGGUUCGGCUCAUCCACGGCACUGCGCACCUACACCGGCGAGAAGCUUGACUUUAACCUCGCCGAUGCCAUGAACCAAGACUUCCUCAACACAAGGACCAAUGAGAAGGCCGAGCUUCAGCAUCUCAACGACCGCUUCGCCAGCUACAUUGAGAAAGUGCGCUUCCUGGAGCAGCAGAAUGCGGCGCUGACCGUGGAGCUCGAGAAGCUGAGGGGCCGCGAGGGGCCUGGCCGUGUGGGGGAGCUAUACGAAGAGGAGAUGAGAGAACUGAGGAGGCAGAUUGAGGCCCUCACCAACCAGCGUGCCAGAGUGGAGGUGGACAGAGACAACCUGGCCGAUGAUCUGCAGAAACUCAAGAUCAGACUGCAGGACGAGAUUCACCAGAAAGAAGAAGCCGAGAACAACCUAUCUGUUUUCAGAGCUGAUGUUGACAAUGCGACUCUGGCCAGGCUGGAUCUGGAGAGACGCAUUGAGAGCUUGCAGGAGGAGAUUGCCUUCCUCAAGAAGAUCCACGAAGAGGAGGUACGAGAGCUGCAGAACCAGAUGCAGGAAACACAGAUCCAGAUCCAGAUGGACAUGUCCAAGCCCGACCUGACUGCUGCUCUGAGGGACAUCCGCACGCAGUACGAAGCCAUCGCUGCAAAAAACAUUGCAGAAGCUGAAGAGUGGUACAAGUCUAAGGUGUCUGAUCUGAACCAAGCAGUGAACAAGAACAACGAUGCUCUUCGCCAGGCCAAGCAGGAGAGCAUCGAGUACAGACACCAAAUCCAGUCCUACACCUGUGAGAUCGACUCUCUGAAGGGCACGAACGAGUCUCUGAUGCGCCAGAUGAGAGAAAUGGAGGAACGCAUGGGCCAUGAUGCUGCUGGUCACCAGGAUACCAUUGCACGGCUGGAGGAAGACAUUGCUAAGAUGAAGGAUGACAUGGCUCGCCAUCUGAGGGAGUACCAGGACCUACUCAAUGUGAAGAUGGCCCUCGACAUUGAAAUUGCCACCUACCGCAAGCUGCUGGAGGGAGAGGAGAGCAGGAUCACAUUGCCUGUCCAGUCUGCCUACUCUUCCAUUGGAUUCAGAGAGACCAGUCCUGAGUCCCAGCGCCCAUCAGAGGUUCACUCCAAGAAAACUGUUCUCAUCAAGACCAUUGAGACUCGUGAUGGAGAGGUUGUCAGUGAGUCAACACAGCAUCAGCAGGACAUCAUGUGAAGACCCAGCAUGAAAUAAAUAUACAUAUCAUCCAGAACAAACAUUUUAAAAGUUUCCACCACCAUGAGAAUAUAUAAGCUCAGCCAAUGUUUAGUGACAGAAAACAGAAUGUUAUCUAUAUAGGUGAAUACAGUUACGGAGUUAAUACAGGCACAAAGCCGGGUUUAAAUGGAGGUCAUUCCAGGAGCUUAAUCUAUAUUCUUGUCACUUUCUGUUCCACAAUAAAGCAUCAGACGUUGUAAGACUUUCAUCUGUAAUUCACUAGGCUUACUCUGCUGUAAUGCUUGAAUAUGAUGAUGGAAUUUGUCGGGAUUCAAAACAAAUAAAUGUCCCUGAGAGACAUUGGUCAUAGGUCAAACAGUAAAUUUAAGUGUGCAUGUUCCAAACGUUGUUAAAUGUACACGUAAAUGACUGAAAAUAAUAUUUAUUAGGAUGGGCUGUUUGUGCUGCUGUGGCUCCAUGAAAGUUUAAAGUUGGAUUAUUAAAGAAAAAUACCAGAAAAAAAGUGAAGCACAAAGGAACUCAGUCAUGUUUGGAGUUUGAGCUGUUUAGCAUGUGCUGGUUGUUUCACUGUAUGUUUAAGGAAGAAACUGGUGAGCUGUUUUGUUUAAUAAAAUAAAAUAAAAUAAAAUAAAAUAUAAAACCUUAA